UGCAGUCCUCGACAGCGGAAACACUCGUGAAUGAGGAUUAUUUUAUUUUAUUUUUGUCAUUUUUAAAUGUAGCUGUGUCGACGAGGAGCUGUCGCCUUUAUUUUCGCCCGCUUGUCCGUGGAAUUUGGCGCGGGGAACUCGUGUGCGUGGGGACUUUUCUCUUCUUUUCCGACAUGGACAGUCUGCGGGCUGCAGGCUCCCCCCGGCCGCUCUUCUCUCUCUGCUGACCGCAUCGGGACCCAGCAGUGUCCGGGGCUGUUUUUCUGGAUGUUUCAUGAAGCCGCUCUCUUCUCCGCUCACUUUCGGGACGCCGUGGAUUUCCCAACGUCAGGACCGGACCGGUGCUCGUGAUUCCCGCUUGACCACACGAGGGAAUUUCGCUGGGAAAGUUGCAGGAAAAACAUGGAGACUGUGAGUCGGCAGAGCUUCCAGCCUCAUCCGGGACUGCAACAAACUCUGAAGCAGUUUCACCUCAGCUCUAUGAGCUCUCUGGGCGGCCCGGCGGCGUUCUCUGCCCGGUGGCAACAUGAGCUCCUCUUCAAGAAGGACGGGAAGGAGCCGGAGCCCGAGCCGGCGCUGCAGCACCUGCCGCCGCCCGUCAUGCCCGGGCCGCUCUUCAUCCCGUCGGACCGAUCCACCGAGAGGUGCGAGACGCUGCUGGAGGGCGAGACCAUCUCGUGCUUCGUGGUCGGCGGGGAGAAGCGGCUGUGUCUGCCGCAGAUCCUCAACACGGUGUUGCGGGACUUCACGCUGCAGCAGAUCAACUGCGUGUGCGACGAGCUGCACAUCUACUGCUCCCGGUGCACGGCCGACCAGCUGGAGAUCCUGAAAGUCAUGGGGAUCCUGCCCUUCUCCGCGCCGUCCUGCGGCCUCAUCACCAAGACGGACGCCGAGCGGCUCUGCAACGCCCUGAUCUACGGAGGCGCCUACCCGCCCCGGUGCAAGAAGGAGCUGAGCGGAGGCCCGCUGGAGCUGGAGCUCACCGAGCGCAGCUUCAAGGUCUACCACGAGUGUUUCGGCAAGUGCAAAGGUUUGUUUGUCCCCGAGCUGUACAGCAGCCCCAGCGCAGCAUGCAUCCAGUGCAUGGACUGCAGACUCAUGUACCCGACCCACAAAUUUGUGGUGCACAGCCACAAGGCGCAGGAGAACAGGACUUGUCACUGGGGCUUUGACUCGGCCAACUGGAGGGCGUACAUCCUCCUGAGCCAGGAUUACACGGCCAAAGAGGAGAAGUUCCGGCUGGAGCAGCUGCUGGACGAGAUCAAGGAGAAAUUUGACUUCGUCAACAAAUACAAGAGGAGAGUGUCGUCGUCCAGGGCUCCUGAUCCCGUCCCGUUCAAAAAGCCCAAACAGGAGGACUACCCGCUGCAGCCCCUGCUGGCUGACAAACACAAGCACCACGACUGGCUCCCGUCUCUGUCCGUCUCCAAUAAGGGCUUUAACUGCAUCCAGCCCAGACAAAGGCCCUCCGCUUUCAGACCAUGGUCCCCACACCUUUCGGCUGGAGAAAAGGAGCCACCUCCUCACCCUUUGGCCCUGCUGAGAGACAGCUUCUACAACUACAAGAGCAUGGAAAACGCCGUGGCCCCCAAUGUUGCCCUGACACCGCUGCCCCUGGGAAAGGUGAGCCCCAUGUCCCCAUCAGUACCGAGCACCUGCGUUCCAGGUGGAGGUGAACCUUCCAGCGAAGGCGCCAGUGCCACGGCCAGGCCUCGCAAGAGGAGAGCCACAGGUGAAGUCCUACCUCCGGCACCUGAGGGCCCGUGCCCCCCGUCCUCUGCUGCCAGCAAGGCGCCGCCUCAGGACGACAAAGACUCUGAGGUGGAGGUUGAAGUGGAGAGCCGUGAUGAAUCAGUCACCUCCUCCUUGUCAUCUCUGUCGUCACCAUCUUUCACCUCGUCCAGCAGCUCGGCUAAAGACUUGAGCUCACCGGGCAACCAAGGGUUGGUCUGCACUGUCUCAUCCAAGGUGAACGCCGCCUCGGCAGCUGCUCUGGCUCUGUCCUCCACCUCCACCCCUCAAGAGUUUGGACUGGAGUCAGAAUUGGAGAGUCUGAGGCAGGCGCUGGAUAGUGGGCUCGACUCCAAAGAGUCCAAGGAGAAGUUCCUGCAUGAAAUUGUCAAGAUGAGGGUGAAGCAGGAGGAGAAGCUGGGAUCUGCUCUGCAGGCCAAACGCAGCUUGCAGCAGGAGCUGGAGUUCCUGCGCGUGGCAAAAAAGGAGAAGCUGCGGGAGGCGACCGAGGCCAAGCGCAACCUGCGGAAGGAGAUUGAACGUCUACGGGCAGAGAGCGAGAAGAAGAUGAAAGAAGCUAAUGAGUCGCGGAUCUGUCUGAAACGAGAGCUGGAGCAAGCCAGGCAGCUGAGAGUUUGUGAUAAAGGCUGUGAGGCCGGACGCCUUCGUGCAAAAUACUCAGCACAGAUUGAGGAUCUCCAGAUGAAGCUGCAACAUGCGGAUGCGGACCGUGAGCAGCUCCGUGCCGACCUGCUGCAGGAACGGGAGGCCAGGGAGCACCUGGAGACGGUGGUGAAGGAGCUGCAGCAGCAGCUUUGGCCUAAAACCAAGAGUGACAAAGAUGCAGCACCCAAGGACAUGACAGCUAAGAACUAAGUCCACAGGCAAACGCCCCUCCUUCACCAUCACACAAUCCUCAGCUCAGCUUCGCUCAACACAUCAAGGUUUUCGAUGUAUGUGGGCUAUGUGGUAUGGUCAUCAUACAGAAAAGAAUCUGCAGGGGACUUGACCCAUCCUCUCUAAUUUUUUUUUUUUUUUUUUUGCACGUCACAGAAAUACAUGUUACUGACUCCGGAGCUGAAAACUGCACUGCAGGGCUGUAAACAGUGUUUAAAAGGGUGAGAUGUCAGAUCUAAAAGAUGAUCAGAUUUGAUUCCACUUCUUUCUAAAAGUCCCAAAUGUGUUACUGGAUAAGGACGGAAGAUUCUGAAGACUUUAUAAGCUAUUUAAGAGACUACAUCGUGAUAUGUAUUUAAAAAGCUCUCCUGUUGGUGUUUGAACACAUUAAGAAAAGAAGACAUUAACAAAACGCCUCACAAAGGACCUUCACACAGUGUCACUGUGGAUUUGUAGGAAUUUUUUGAAGCCAUCAACAGUCCACUGAGAAGAUCAAGUUCAAACAUCAAUCUUUUUUCCUUUUUUCUGUUGCAGUGCUCCCCCAGUGGGCCAAUGACAUGGACAUUCAGUUGUUUUGGUUCCUUUCAAAAUCUGUGGAAUAAACCUCAGAUUGGGAAUUGAGCGAAGACGUGUUGCAUUCAUUGAUUUGGGGGCAGAAUGUGACAUCUUCAGCAAGAACCACAAAAAUGUUCAUUUUAGAUAAAUUAAAAUAUGUAAAUAUAAAUAUAUGUUGUUCUUAAAAAAAAAAAAAACCUUUUCAGUAAUAAAUUGCACUUUGGCAUAAGAAAAUACUGAAUUAUAUUCCCACUUUUUAUUAAAUUUUAUCCUGAAAACAUCUUAUUCAUGCCUGCUUUGGUAUAAAUCCAGUAAGAAUUUUAUUUUGUUGAUUAUAUGUAUCUCAAAUACUCUUGUUUUUUUUUUAAUGCAUUGUACUGUAAAUAAACUGAAAAAAAAAUCUUGCCGAAGACAUCUGCAAAUGUUUUAACGCCACAUUCUGUUUUUGCUGUAAUCUACAUUAACACGGCCGUGUGCUACCUGAAGCAAACAAUCAGUCAACUCUGAAUGACAAAACGUUCUUAAAGUCACAGUGAAAUGGAAAAAAUGUGUUUAAAGUCAUCCUAGUGGAGCAAGAUGUUGAGUGGGGAUUGCUAACGUAAUUUCCAGACACUGCCCAUGUUAAUAUUUGGCUUCUAGGACCUACGUCCCUGAAAGAAUCCCAGCUUGUGGUCUUUCCCUGCAGGCAGCAAAUCUUUCCCUGAAGUCACUGGAAUUUUCCCCCGAGUCAGUCCAAAGACAGGAUUUUAUGAGUCUCGAAUACACCUUCCAGUGCAGUGGGACCAAAA